AUGUCCACGGGGUGUUUUCAGGUACUCUCUGCUUCUGGGGUGAAAACAGUCAUCAACUGUCAUCAUCCCCAGACGGACGGGAGACCUCACGAGGAGCUAACAGGCUCCCACACUGACUGGUUGACGCUCAAUGUCGGAGGCCGAUACUUCACCACUACACGGAGCACUUUGGUUAAUAAAGAACCUGACAGUAUGUUGGCCCACAUGUUUAAAGAUAAAGAUGCUUGGGGAAAUAAGCAAGAUCAUAGAGGAGCAUUCCUAAUUGACCGCAGUCCAGAGUAUUUUGAGCCAAUUUUGAACUAUUUGCGUCACGGACAGCUCAUUGUAAAUGAUGGCAUUAAUUUGCUAGGUGUUUUGGAAGAAGCCAGGUUUUUUGGUAUCGAUUCACUAAUUGAACAUCUCGAGAUAGCUAUUAAGAACUCCCAGCCAGCUGAGGACCACUCUCCUAUAUCUCGAAAGGAGUUUGUCCGAUUCCUCCUGGCGACCCCAACCAAGUCUGAGCUGCGAUGUCAGGGUCUCAAUUUCAGCGGGGCGGAUCUUUCACGUCUAGAUCUUCGCUACAUAAACUUCAAGAUGGCCAACCUGAGCCGCUGCAACCUGGCCCACGCCAACCUGUGCUGCGCCAACCUGGAACGAGCUGACCUCUCUGGAUCAGUGCUUGACUGUGCGAACCUCCAAGGGGUAAAGAUGCUUUGCUCCAACGCAGAAGGAGCAUCUCUGAAAGGGUGCAAUUUUGAAGAUCCAUCAGGCCUUAAAGCUAAUUUGGAAGGUGCUAACCUGAAAGGUGUUGACAUGGAAGGCAGUCAAAUGACAGGAAUUAAUCUAAGAGUCGCGACGCUGAAAAAUGCAAAACUAAAAAACUGUAAUCUUAGAGGAGCAACUUUGGCAGGAACUGAUUUGGAAAAUUGUGAUCUAUCAGGUUGUGAUCUACAAGAAGCUAAUUUGAGGGGAUCUAAUGUAAAAGGAGCUAUCUUUGAAGAGAUGCUGACACCUUUGCACAUGUCUCAGAGCGUCAGAUAGGGAGAAGAAUACGCUGAAGAGGAAGGAAUCAAAACGUUCGUUGUGACUUUCUUCACCUCCUCCCCUUAUUAAGUUAGAAG